CGUGAACUAGGCAAGUUAGACCGACUCGACGGACGGAAUGUCCGGUACUCCUCCGAGAUGGGGUUCACCUCCUCCCCUAUAUUCACCGAGGGGAUCACCUAGGCCUUUUAUCCCCUGUCCUAGACCUACAUGGCCAUAUCUUCAGAGUCCUGUUCCGUUUUCUCCCAUAAUGUGGAUGCCUGCACCGCCUUCGCCGUAUCUCGGCGUACCUCUCGAACCUCCGGGUCCUCUCUAUCACGAUCCGCAGGUGCCGCAGGACGGGAGAUCGACCGCGGACAUAAUCGCGUCUCAGUCACAGGAUUACGUCGACGAAAAAUUGGCCGAAUACCAAGCGACAAUAUUUCAAUUACAAGAUGAACAGGAGAGAGUUCAGAAGAAGACUUUUGUCAAAUGGAUCAACUCUUAUCUCCAAGAGCGAAAACCACCCAUUUACAUUAACGACCUGAUAGAAGACCUCAAGGAUGGAACGAAAUUGCUCGCACUUCUUGAAGUGCUCUCUGGAGAAAAACUGAAGACUGAAAAAAGCAGAAAUUUGAAAAGACCCCACUUCUUGAGCAAUGCUGAUACUGCAUUAAAAUUUCUCGAGAGUAAACGAAUCAAGUUGGUCAACAUCAAUGCAACUGAUUUGGUCGAUGGAAGGCCACCCGUCGUUCUCGGCCUUAUAUGGACAAUUAUAUUGUACUUCCAGGCUUGGAAAAAUUUUCUUGUGGAAAUUAAUGAUACAACUUGCAUGUGUUUUGGGAACGUGGCUAUGUCUAUUGAGGAGAAAAGGGGACUCCCUUUUGCCACCAUCUACGGUCGGCCUGUUGAAUUUUUUCAAAUUAUGUCCAAAAGCCUUAUUAGGAAACCUUUGAUAGAAGAAAAGACACGUGUUCUUGCCUCAUUGGAUCACUUUGGAGGUAGCACAUCAAGUCUUGAAGGAUCAAGGACACCAGAUAUGACAGAAAGAAAGAAGAAGGCAGAUACAACUAAGGCUGUUUUGUUGAAAUGGGUUACAAAAGCUCUUCCAAAAGAUAUUGGACUAGAGGUUAAAGACUUUGGACCAAGCUGGAGAGAUGGAUUUGCGUUCUUAGCUAUUAUCGACGCAAUUAAGAAAGGUUUAAUCGAUUUGUCAGCCCUCAGAGGAGCGACAAACAGAGACAGGCUGCAAACUGCAUUCAACGUUGCUGAACAAGAACUUGACAUUGCAAAACUCUUAGAUCCUGAGGAUCUUGACGUUGAAAGACCAGAUGAAAAAUGCGUAAUGACUUACGUGUCACAAUUCCUUUAUAAAUAUCCCGAACUGAGCAGUGACAGCGGCGACAGGUUGAGCUGCAUCGAAGCCGAUUAUAAGGAACUCAGAGCAUGGCUUCUUGAAGCAACUCAUUCUCUCUCAAAUGUCAACAACUUGCCUUUGGUGUUUGAGGAGUAUUUGAAAUUUGAAAAUGAAGUUAAAGCAAAAUCAGCUAUCUAUAACAAGCUAUCAAAACUUGUUGACUCAAAAAGCAGCAUUAAUAUCGCAUGGGAAUCUUGGAGAGAAAUAGAUGUACUUUGGAAACAACUAAGAGCACAGAUGAGAUACUGGCUUCAUCUUUUGGACUCAAAAUUGAUGCCUCCUUUCGGCCAGAUCGGAGAAUGGUUGUACAGGGCUGAAAACAUGCUCGAAGAUGAAGACAUUCCAACAAUUAUGAAUGAAGAAACUGCCAGUAUAAUUAGUCGAAAGCUUGAAGACCACAAGGCUUUCUUCGCCGACCUCCCCAAAGUUGAAGCUCAAUACAAUUCCGCACUAGCUCAUAGUGCAUAUCCACCUCAUAUAGCACAGCAAAUUGAGUUUAUGGGGAAGAGAUUGAGUAAAAUCGGGCCGGCUGCGGUACAGAAAAGAAUCAGGCUUAAAUUCCUAGAGCACCGGUGUUGCCUUAUUGCUUUUAUGGAAUUAACGGAGAACAAAGUAAGAUCCUGGACAAUUAAAUACGGAAACGAACAAAGAGUUCAACAGCUUCUCGACCAAUACAACAAUUUUGUUUCAAGAAACAAAAUAUUCCAGGAGUUCAACAAGGCAUUUAUUGACAUGCAGCAUGUAAUUGAAGAAUACAAAAGAGAUGGAAACAUAGAUGCUAAAGAAAGUUUAGCCGCUGAUCGAUUUAUGAGAGAUACAUCAGAAAGAUGGAAGAGUGUCUGCUUGGAAUUAAGGUGUAUCCAGAGCAUGCUUGAAGAACUGUUAGCGUGCUGGGGAAAAUGGCACACACUGACUCACGAAUUAGAAGAAUACAUCAUCAUGUCCGAACCAAAAUUACUCUGUGACGAGGAAGAAAGAAUGGAAUAUUUUCAAGAUAUAGGAGUGUGGAAAGAUAAACAUCAGAUGCUAGGAGAAACACUAAAUUUCCUCGUUGCUACAUCUGAGGACCAAAUUGCAGCUCAGUUGAAAGAAAAAUAUUUAGCGAUAACUGCUAGAUGGGAACGCCUGUUUGGCAAUGUAAAACAAUACAUGGAAGCUGGUGAUACAUUGAGAAAGAAAAAAGAAUACAAACUGUGCAUAGAAAAACUUCAAACUUGGCUUAAAAAUGCAGAAGCAAGCUUGGAAAAUUGUUAUCUUGACAAUUCCGAUAAAAUCAGUGCACAUAUUAAAGUGCUACAGCAAAUUCAAGCAGAAAUCAGUGACGUUGAAGAACUCUUUAAAGCAAUAAGCAAAAAGUUUCAGACUCUCAUACCCGAUUUAUCAAGAGACGAUGUUGACAAAAUGAUGAGCACUUUGAAAAAAGAAAAAGAACGGAUUGUUAAACUGAGAGCUGGGCUCAGCGCACAACUUCAGCUUCUUUCACAUGUCAUUGUCCAACAAAAAUCAUUAGAAGAAUCACAAAAAGAGAUAGGCUCGUGGUUAAAUGAAGCCGAAGCUUUUAUGGGAACUUUGAGCAUGGCCGGUAAUAAAGAGACGUUACAAACGAAUCUGGAUAGGCAUAAAGGAUUCUUUCAAAGGCGGCUCUUUUACAAAUCCAUGUUAGAGAGUAAAAACAUGUGCCUCGCCUCUUUACUUUCAUCGCUAAAAAAUACUCCAGGUGUUGAUACAAGAGAGUUUGAAAAGAAGAUGAAUGACCUGAACCAAAGAUUCAACAGAGUCAGUCACACUGCAGACGACUGGCAACAGAAAUUGACGGAUGCUAUAAGACGCUGGCAAAAUUACCAUGAGGUAGAACGCGUUAUUAAAGAAUGGCUUCAAGUUGCAGAAAAGUUAAUGAAUGAAAAGCAUGUUGAUUCUGGUCACACUGUUGACAACCAUAAGAGCUUUUUUGAACAUGUCAAUGAAAGGUGGAUGCAAGAUUUGCACAACGUUGUUCAAGAUUUGUUGGUUGUUGUACCACCUGAACAGCAUAAAAGUAUCUUAGAUAAUGCAACAAAAUUAGAAGAACAAUGGAAGAAAAUCCUGUGUCUAGCUCCGCUUCACCUUGUCAAACUUGAAUUCAGACUUGACGAAAGAAGCAUGAAGAAAUACCUAAAGGAUCUUGACAAAGAGCUUAAUUCUCAAAUUCAAGCUUUCCACAGAAAUGAAAACAUCAACACUUUACAGAAACGGCAUAGCGAGUUAUUGGCCAGCCCGUUGAUCGGUGAAAUUAAAAAAUGUCUCACUAAUAUGGAAAGAGCGACAGUAAGUUGUUCGGCUUGGCCUGUUGAAGAAGCCCAGCUAAAAGAAACUACUACAUCAUCAUGGGAAGAUUGGAACGCAUUUCACAAAAAAGCUCAAGAAUUUGCAAUUCAGCUGCAAUCAAUCCCUGAUCAAUGGGAAGCAUACAGGCUAAAAUUCGCAGAAUUAGAAAAGUGGAUGGACACUGUUGACAACAGCAUUAAAAACCUUCUCAAGGAAUUGGCAACAGCAGAAGAAUUUGAAAAAGAACGACAUAUAUUCCAAGGAAUAUGCAGAGAAGCCGAAGGAAAACGGGAAGAAAUGAUGUGGAUGGUUCAAACACUAGACAUGUUGGCCCCAAUGAGUGAUUCCAGCGAAGAACAUGAAAAAUUAGACAAACUAUUGCUCAGGUACAAAAAAUUGAUACCUGUAAUUGAAAUGACAAUAACAAAGACGGAACUAUAUUCAAGAUGUUAUUCCUAUAAAAAAGAUGUCGAUGAGGUUUGUAAACUUCUUGACAAAAUGGUUUGCGGAAGGGGCACGGUUGAUGCAAAUAGUCGAGAAAGUGUUGCGAACAUGGUUGAAACUCAGAAAGGUGCUGUAGCUCAGUUAGAUCAGCAACGGCCGAACAUAGUGAGUAUGCUGCAGAAAGGCCGAGACCUCGGUAAAGAACCAGCUGCACCUGAAUUUGUGAAAAAACAAGUAGUAGAACUAGAGACUCAGUGGAAUAAAGCUUACAAUACUUCACUCGAGAAGCUCAACUCCCUGAAAGGAGUACAAAAAACAUGGGAUUUGUACAAUGAAGGAAAAUCUGAGGUUCAAUUGCUUCUUGAAAGAGCAGAAAAGGAGCUGAAACAAAUCACCAGUGGAUUUGGCGGUGAAAAGUUAGCCGCAGAGCUCAAAAGCAAGCAAGAACUGUGCAUAGCUCUUAGAAUGGCAGCUGAAGACAUCUUAAGCAAGUUACAAUUUUAUUGUCAAAAGAUUGCAGAAGCACUUCCAGAAGCCCAGCAUGCAAUUGUUACUGAGGUAAAAGAUUUAGAAAACAAAUUAGCCGGGACUCUAAGUGUUGUAGAACAGAAAGUUGUUCUAUUACAAAAAGAGGCAGACUCCUGGAAUGAAUUGGAUACCGGUCUAAAAGAAUUGAAGGUUUGGGCAGUUGAAAAAAUACCUAAAAAAGUAGCACAACUGUCAAAAAUUCAAGUGCCACAAGAAAGGCUUGAAAAAUCACAAGUAAUCGCAAAUGAAGCAUCAGCAAAGAAAGUUGAUCUUGGUCAAUUGAGACAAAAAGCAGAAAUUCUUUUCAAAGAUAAAGAUGACAAUGUGAAACAAGAUUACCUGAAAAGGUUUAAAGCAAUCGAAGAUUCAGUUUUAGCUACGGAACAGGCUAUCAAAAAUGAAAAUGUUGCUCUUGAAAAAGGUGUAGCGACUUUGCAUGAAUUUGACGAAUAUAUGCAAUCGGUCAAACCCUGGAUUGAAAAAUUAGAAGUGGAAACAUCAAUGGGUAUGGCAAAACCAGUCGUGUUGUCUGAUGCUAAAGCCCAAUUACAAAAAGCUCAGGAUCACCUUAAUGAAAGUGAGAAAACAAAAGAAAAGUUGAACAAACUUAAAAAAUUGAGUGAAGGUUUACCACCUGAGACACUCGCUGUUAAUUCAGUUGAUACCAUGCAUUCUAAGUGGACGAAUCUUGAUGCUGCAAUGAGACAAAGGGCUCACAAGCUAGAAAAGCUCGUACUUGCUUGGCAAGAGCUUGAAGGGACAGCGCAACAAGUCAAAGAAUGGCUGGAAAGACCAGUCUUACAAGAAAUCGUCGCCAAUCCUAGUGGAUUUGAUGACAAGGACUUAGAAGCUCAGAUGGAACAACUGAAGGUUCUAAAGCAAGAGCUGAACAAAACUCAGGAUAAUAUUGCCGAACUAGGACAUUCUGCUGAUGUCAUUGCAUCAAGCCUUACACUUGAAGGUGCAAACUUACUAAAAGGAAAAGUUGCAGAGCUGAAAGCAGCAGCUACAAGAGCAUCAGAUGCUAUUAAACAUAGAGCAAAUCUCAUAUCUGAAAUGUUGAUUUCAAGGGAGGACCUGAAUUCUCAGGUUGUUGCACUGUCUACCUGGUUGAAUGAAACUGAAAACCUCAUAAAACAAGAUGUUAAUCCUGAUAAUGUUGAUAAUGCCUUACAAGCUUUUCACAUUGCACUGCAUGAGCAUAGUGAAAAGAAGCCAGUUAUAGCAGAAAUAGAAGAACAAGUCGUUCAGGCUAAAAAGUCAGCGCCUUUACAGGCUGAAAAAAUGUCUACAGUUUUUAAUCCCUUGCUUGCUAAAUAUCAAGAUUUGGCCGCAAAUGUCAAACAGAAACAGCAGGCGGUCGAAAAGUGGAGAGAACUCAUGGACUGGUCCCAGGGUUGCAACGAUCAGCUUGCCCAUUUAGAAUACCAACUGGAAAGUAACCACCCUCUUGAAGAUAUUGAGGCAAGGCUCGGAAGGAUUGAAGAAGAGAUAAAGGCUUGGGGGAGCACAUGCCCAGUAGUAGAACACUUGUGCCAUGAAAGUGGCAUCCAGUUGACACAAUCAUCAGCACUUCCAAUAAUACAAGAAUUAGAUGCAAGAGCACAGAAAAUCAAGGCGAUGUUGUUAGAGAAGAAAGCAGCAAAAGCACAGAUAGGGGAGCAGUGGAAUAAAUUUCAGCAGUUGCAAGACGAUCUUUCUAACAGUAUUCUUAAAGCACAGAAUGAUGUACAAGACAUAGUGAUAAAUUUCACAGAUUGUGAUCAAUUAGAGCCAUUGUACAAUAAGCUUCAACAAGUGUUAGAAAAGCACAAUAGCCAAGAAGGGCAGAAAGCAUUGCUCUUUGACGAAGGUAAAAAAUUGAUGGCCGAAGAUAAAAAGAAUACCGUUGUCAUACAAAACAUUUUGUCCUCUAUUGAACUGAACUGGGAAAAAGUCAAUGACGAUGCAGGAGAGUUUAAAGUUAUUUUUGAUGAAUUGCAAACAGCAUGGAAAAGCUUUUCAGACAAUAAUCGCAAAGGGCAUGAGUGCAUUGACGAAGCUGAAGCUUGUAUUCAAGACAGAGUAUCCCCUUGUGACUCAACUUCAACCAUGGAAUUUCAUGAAAUUUCCAAACAGGCUUUGAACAAUCUAAAAGAUGCUAAAAAACAUAUCGAUACCAUGGACAACAAAUUGCAAAUAAUUUUAAGACAUGCCCAUUCAUUCCCUAAUUUUGUUUAUCAAAACGUGAAUGAGACUUACAAUAAAGCGCAUUCCGACUGGAAAGAAUGUUAUGAUAAAUGUGCAGCCUUAAGCCAACAGGCAGAAUCACAAGUAGUGAUUUGGAAACAAAUUGAUGAAGCUAAAGGAGACUUGAUGAGAUGGCUUAGCGAUACAAAUUUCGCUCUAAAUCAAGCACUGGAUAAAUUAAGUGAGCCUGAAUUAGUUGUUCAAAAAUUGAGUGAAUUUAACAAUGAGCUUCCCAUUUAUAAGAAAUUGCAGUCCAGCAUUAAUGCAAAAGUAGAACAACUUAAUGCUUUGAAUGAUGGUAAAAGUACACCUAAUCUUGACUCAAUGGUUACUCUAAUAGACGAUCAAUUUGCAGAACUUCAAAAUUCAGCAGACAAGCUUGCCAGCAUGUUACAUUCAUUUAGUGAUGUUGAAACUAACUUAAGAAAUAGAAUAAAAUCAUCAAACGAUGAGAUUGGAAAGAUUAGGGAAAAAGUAAUCAAAUGUGACAAUCUCUCAGGAGAAAAUGCAGUUAUAUUUGAAAGGUUAAAAUCAUGCAGAACCCUAAAAGAUAAACUGAACCAAUUGAACUUUUCCAAUAUUGAUAAAGAUUACAAUGAUUUGGUUGAAAAAUUUCCAGGAAGCUCGCAGUCAGGAAUGGGUAAAGAAAUCAACAGUCUUAAAAAGAGACAUUCAGAUGUUCUUAACCAGGCUAACAAAGUUGAUGCAAAUUUGUUAUCCUAUUUGUACAAAUAUCACAAUGAAAAAUUAUCCUCACUUCAGAGGUCAGUUGCAAAUUUCAAAGAAAAAAUCGCCUGGUGCCUUCCAGAGACUGACAAUGACAAAAAUAGCCUGGAAACAAAAGCAUCAACUUUGGCUGACACAUACAAAGGCUUAAAAGAGUGUGAGGGUAGUAAAAAACUUCUGAAAGAUUCUCUUGAAAUGUUAAUUGACCUUGGCUGUGGUGAUGAAGAAGAGAAAUUAAUGGCUGAUCAAAAGUCAGUCUUUGACGAACUUGAUGCUUUAAAUGUUACACAUACAAACUGUGCUUCCCAGUUAGCUGAACUGAUCGCCUUAUGGCAGCAGUUUGACACUAACUAUGAAAACAUAUCAUCAAAUCUUAAAGACAUCGAGGGCAAGGCUAGAGCUGAAAUAUCAACUCACACGGACUUGAGCACGAUUGAUAAAAAGCUCGUCAACCUUGAUGCAAUCAAAGAAAAUCUUUAUAAAGUACAGCCUCAAUUAGAAGAACUUGAGGUGGUAGGUAACAAACUUAUGAGCAAUGAGGAAAGUUCAAGAAUUAGUCAUAACAUGACAUCGUUACACGGCAAGUAUCAAACAAUUGAAAAAUUAGUUUUAUUUUACAUAGACCGUUUGAAACAAAUAAAACAGAAUGAGGAAAAGUACAAAAAUGAAGCUCAAACUGCAGAGCAAUGGAUUAAAGAUGCUACAAAGACGUUGGAUAAUUUUAGUGAAACCAUUAAAGAACCUAGAAAAAUUCCAUUGCAAAAGUACAAGCCUUUGUUGACCGAAUUAAAAGAAUUCAAUGACUCUAGAGAAGUAGGGCAAGGCUUGAUAAAUAAAGCUGUUGAGUCUGGCGAGUCUCUUUUUGCAGAAAUAACCCCAGAAAAUAGAGAAGUCAUUAGAGCCCGGUUAAGACAUUUACGAGAUCUUAUUGAAUCUCUCAUCGACAAAUCAAACGCUAUUUCAAAAGUUAUUGAAAGUGCGAUUCUAAGAAGAAACUCAUUCGAAGAUUGCUUUAGCCAAGUCGUUCAAUGGAUAAUUGAAACUGAAAAGAAAUUGGAUGAAGGCACUCAACUAGAAGCGACAUUACAAGAUAAAAAGCUUAGUCUGCACCAUUAUAGAGCGAUUGCUCAAGACAUUAAUUCGCAUCAAGCGAUAUUCAAACAACUAAAUGAAAAAUUGCAGGCAUUUGCAGAUCCUGAUGCUACACAUAAACUAGAUGAAAUUCUACUAAAGAAUCAAGAAUUGACGACCAAAGCGAACAGUAGAGUCGCAACAUUUGAAAAAUUUGUUGAUGAUCAUGAAUCAUUUUUAAACGCAUUAGAGAAAUCGAGAGAUUUCUUGAGAACGUUAAUUAGCGAGGAAGCCAUGUCUGAUAAAGAUGGAAAUGAAGCGAAACUGUCCAUAAUAGAAAAUUUGCUCCUUCAUGAAGAUGAAGGGGCAAAACGUGUUGACAGGUGUGAACAAUUGAAACUACCUCUAUUAGAAGGCACUGAAAAAUCCGGUCACGCUGCUAUAAAUGGUGAAUUAGAAGAGCAUAAAGAAGCGUGGAAAAAUUUUCUGAACCGCUGUAAUACAAAUGUCGCGAAACUUCAGCAAAUGUCAAACAAGUGGGUUAAAUUGACAUCUGACAUCGAUACGGUCGCUAGUUGGCUUAAAGUGAAAGAGGCUCAAGUCAAAGAUCAGAGUCUAAAGAGUACACACAAAGCCAAGGAAGAUCACUUGCAAAAGCUGAAAGUUCAUGAUGAAGAAAUACGUGGAAAGGGAGAUGACAUUGCUGCCCUAGUAUCAGCAUCAGUUGACGCUGAAACUGAAUUAGCUGAAAAAGUAUCAAAGCUGUCGUCACAUUAUCAAGCAUUGAAAAAUCAAUCGAAAGAGAUGCUUUCUCGCUAUGAACACUAUGCAUCAGAACAUGCUUUAUUUGAUAAAAAAUAUAAUGACUUUAUGACAUUACUCAAAUCGAAUGAAGAAGAGCUGAAAAAUCACAAUGAAAUAGUAGGAGAUCAAAAUGCAUUGCAAGAAAAGCAAAAACGACUCAGAGACCUCAGUGAUGCAAUUGCUAAAGAAAGUGGAAUAUAUGAAACACUUCUUGUGGAGGGUGAAAAGCUUUAUGUUCACACUUCUCCCGAUGGAAGGGAAAUAAUUCGUCAGCAACUGAGGGAUAUGAGAAACUUAUGGGACACAACCAACGACAAUCUACAAGAAUGCACGCAAAAAUUAGAGCAAUGCUUGGUUCAGUUUGCCGAAUUCUUACUUUCCCAAGAACAGCUCACAAAAUGGCUGAAAGACGUUGAAAAAGCAAUGCAAGCACAUAUUGAAUUGAAGGCUACACUCCAAGAGAAAAAAGCUCAACUCCAGAAUCAUAAAAUAAUGCACCAAGAGAUAUUAGGAAAUCAAGCAUUAGUGGCGUCUGUUUGUGACAAGGCACAAAGUUUAGUUGAUCAAACUCAAGACACUUCUCCGAAUGUAUAUUUACAAUCGAUAAAAGACUGUUUUGACAAUAUUGUUUCUAAGUCAAAGGAUUUGUUGGUAACUCUGGAAAACAACGUGGAAAAUCAUGCUAAUCUUACAAACAAGUGCAAAGAUAUGCGAGAAUGGCUUGUGUGCCAACGCGAGGCCCUCAAUUCAUGCGAUGACUGCAAUGGAGAAAAAGCCGACAUCCACAAAAGAUUGGAGAAACUGGAGAAGCUUAAAGAGAAACUGGAUGAUGGUCAGAACAAAAAUGAGGAGCUAAAAGCUCUGGCGAAUAUUGUUAAAAAGAACACAACCAAAAAAGGAAAUGCACUCAUAGACAAAGAAAAAAAUAAACUCGAAAAUGAUACUGCCAAGUUAAAGGAGUCUCUUGAUUCUGUAAAACAAAAACUUGAAAAAACCCUUAAUCAAUGGGCUAAAUUCGAAGAAGAAUUGGAUGUUCACACAAAAUGGUUCCGAGUGACAGAAGCUGCCUUUAAAGAUCAGCAAUUGAAGGCAAGUUUGGAUGAUAAAACAGCCCAUUUGAACACAUACAAGCAGAAAAGAGAGGAAAUCACAAAGAAAGAAGUAGAGAUUGAUCAAUUUGUUGAUGAAUCACAUGCCCUCCUGCUAAUUACAAGUGUUGACCGCAUAAAACCGCUGAUUUCUCAAAUCAGCAACAGAUAUCAACUUUUACAUGUUCUGAGUAAGGAAGUAAUCAAUCGAUGGCAGAGUUUGGUUGAUGAUCACAAGCUGUUCAAUGCCCGUUAUGAUGAAACAUCCGCUUUGCUAGAACCUCUUGAACAGAAACUAAAACAACUUGAAACAGAUAAAACAGGUUUUGGAACAAAGUCAACGAUUUUGCAGACAUUAGCGUCUGAACUUGAACAAGCGCUUCCAAAAUUAAACAACCUCUGCGGAUCAGCAGAUAAGCUUUAUCCAGAUACAGCGGGUCCUGGAAGAGAGAUCAUAAGACAACAAAUCAGAGACAUUAGAAACAGAUGGGACACUCUCGAAGAAGGUAUUAAAGCUCAGCAGAAACUUGUUGACGCUCAUUCAAUACAGUGGAAUAGCUACCAAGAAUCACUGACCCAGACACUAGCUUGGUUGGAUCAGAUGGAGAAAACAAUCAAACAAGAUGCAUUCUCCGCCUUAACGUCCCCACACGAUAUUCGAUCAAAGUUGUUAAAACAAAAGGCUUUACUUCAAGAAGUUCUUUCUCAUAAACGAAUAAUUGAAAAUGUGAUAGAAAAAGCUGACGCAGUCUCUCGUCUCUCUGGAAAACCAGUUCCAAAUUCUGUAACGACAAUGAGUCCGCGAUACGAGGCCCUGGUCGACCAUUUGUUUAAAACGAUCGCACAAGUGGAAGAAUUCCUUGAUGUCGUACAAUUGUUCAACGACCUACAAAAAGCGCAUCUUGACUUCCAACAGCAGAUAAAAGACAGGCUUGUCACUUUCACAGAUUUCAGUGGCAACAAAGCCAUCUUGCAAGCAAGGUUGAAUAAAAUUACGGAAACAAAAGAAAGCUUGACUGAAGGAAAUAUUCAACUGAAAGGCCUUGAAGAUCAUGUAAAUCAAAACAAAUCCAAAAUUCCACAAAGAGCGAAGGAAGCCAUGGAAAGAGAUAUCACCAACUUGAGAUUUGAUUUUGACAAGUUGAAACUUGGCUUCACUGAUGCAGCACAAGAGUUAGAAAGCAGAAUAAGUUCAUGGUCACAAUAUCAGAAUUUAGUCGAUCAGAUUUUAGGAUGGAUGGAUGAGGCUGAAAUUGCCCUAAAAAAUUAUUCAUUGCAUGUAACACUUCCUGAAAAACAGGCUCAAUUAUCCAAAUACCAAGAAUUGCUCAUGGUCAUUGAAUCACGAUCUAGGGAGUUGGGAGAAGUAGUAACAUUGGCUGAUCAUUUAGAACAGUCACUUCUUUUGAGUUCAAAAAGUCAAGAUGAUCUUGAUAAAUUGAAUACCUCAAAUGAAUUUGGUGAUCUCCCUGGAGAACAAAGAUUAUCAAUGAAUAGUCAACAAAUAACUUCCAGAUUCCAAGCCAUACUGUCAACGUGCAAGGAAAUCGUGAAAAAAUGUGAACAAGCCGUGAAUGAUCAUGAAGCUUAUAGCCAGAAGUACAAAGAAACAUUGAACUGGCUUAACAGCAGGAAAGAAGAGCUCGAUGAAAUCAACAAAGAAGUCGCUGUCCAUAUUCAACAGGACAAACUUUUGGCCCUGAGCUCACAAGUGAAGAAUUUAGUCGCGUUGAAACCUCAAGGAAGCGUCGCACUGAACGCGACACAUGACCUAGCAGAUAAGGUAUAUACAUCGACUGCUCUUGAAGGAAGAGAACAGAUUAGAGAACAAGUCGAAGAACUUCAGGCUCUCUUUGAUUCAAUAUUUGACGGAGCAAUUAACAUCGAAAGACAAUUACAAUCAAAAAUUACUAGCUGGAGCGGCUUUGAAGAAAUUUGUGAAAACUUGCAGAAGUGGCUUGCUGAUAUAGAAUCACAACUUCCGAAGGAAAUAGAGCUUAAAGCUACUCUAGAUGAGAAGCGGACUCAAUUGCAAUCUUACAGGGCCGUCUUGCAAGAUGCUAUAUCUCAUCAGCAAGAUAUAGUUAAGCUAAAACACAAAAUAGAAUCACUUCCAGAAAAAGGAGAUCAUAUUGAAAACAUUCUUGCUGAUAUAACAAAAAAACAUGCAAAGAUAUUAGGCAAAGCUCAGGAUUUUGUUGAGCAAUAUGAAGCAAUUGUAAACUGCCAUCAAGAGUACUGUAAAGCAGUCAUGGAUCUUCAGGAAUGGAUAGAAGCAACGCAUAAUACUGUUCUACUAUGGGGAGAUCUUGAUCUGGAAAGAGUUUCCCUUCACACCAAUUUGGACCGAUUAAAAAAUCUUCAACUUAGUCUACCAGAGGAAGAGCCGAGAGUAGAAGAAAUAAGAACACUCGCCGAAAAAGUACUCCCUGGAACCAUUACAAGCGGCCAGGCUAAUAUUCGAUCUCAAGUCGAUACUUCACAGCAAGAUUGGCAGAGCCUUUUAUCUUCUGUUCUAUCAACAAUAAACGCUCUGGAGUCUAAACUUCAGCAAUGGUCUGAAUAUGAAGCCCUCAAGGAUGAAUGUUUAUCCUGGCUUAGAGUAACAGACACAAAAUUACAUGCCAUUGACUUGAAAGCUACUGCUGAUGAAAAGAAGAAACAACUAGAAAUAUUGAAAGCACUCCAAGGUGAAAUAAGAGCUAAAGAACUUGAGAUAGAUGCUGUCACAGAAAAAGCCCAACAGCUUCAUAAGCCAACAACAAGGAAUUCGCAUAUAACAGAACUUCAGCAUAAAUAUCAACAGCUAUCAGGAAAAGUGAAGGAUUUGACAAGCAGGUGGCAACAAUACGCAUCAAGACAUUUGGACUUUGACAGUGGAGUUGCUGAAGCCAGACAGUGGCUCGAUGGAAUUAAAACAAGACUUCAAUACUGCUCAGAUUUGAGCGCAUCGUCACAGCAGGAUCUUGAAUCAAAAUUAGAAAUUAUUCAAGAUUUAUUGCUAUGCAAAGAUGAAGGGUUUGUCCGGGUUCAAAGUUGCAUUGAAAUGGGUCAAAGCGUUUUGGCGAAUACUGCCCCAGAAGGACAUGAAGCAAUCAAUGAUACACUCGAAGCUCUUCAACAAGAUUGGAGUUGUUUAGUUACAAAAGUCGUUGAUACUAAGUCGUUGCUUGACGAGUGUAUACAAAAAUGGGCAGGCUUUCUUGAACAGAUUCAACAGCUCAACAAAAUCGUCGAACAUCUCUGCAAUUCUUAUAAUGAAGUUGCUAAUUUUCAAACAACAUUUACAGAAAAAAGGACGCAACUUGGCAAAAUUAAGGCACUAGAAGAGAAAGUAAGAUGCGAAAAGAUAGAAGUUGACAGUCUUAAGUCUAAAUCAGCUGAAAUGCUUGCCAGUGGUCAGCAAAAUCAUGCAGCAACCCAGGCACAACAAAUUUUGCAGAAAUUUGACAACAUUUCGGAAAAAAUAAGGGCACUUCUUUCUGAGAGAGAACAGCAAUUCAGAGAGCACAGAAACUUUAAAGAAGCUCAAGACGAGUUAACCGGCUGGCUGAACAGGGCCAGAGAAAAGCUUCCUGCCCUCAAACAGCAAUCACUUAGUGACAAACUUGCAAUUGAAGACUGCGUUGCUCCUCUUCAAGCGCUGCUUAACAAGCGAGCCCAAGGAGAACUUUUAGUAGAACAAGUUCAAACGACAGGAAGGGUCGCAGCAGCUUCUUCUUCAGAAGAAGGCAAACAAUUGAUCAACAAUGAUGUCAAGGCAUUGACAGAAAGCUUCCACAAUCUUUUCAAAGAAAUACAAGCACAAAAGGAACAGCUUGAAUCUAUGGUUGUUCUUUGGAGAAAUUACAAGGACGAAUAUGAGAAAAUAUCCGAUUGGCUACAGCAAAUGGAUAUUCACAUCAAAGCACAAAAAACUGCUCUUUUAGCUACAUUAGAUGAAAAGAAAAAACAAGUUUCUACUGUUAAGGAUAUCUUAAAAAAUUUGGAAGAUGGCAAAGAUCAAUUGACUAAAAUCAACCAGACUGCUGCACCUUUGCUGUCUUCACAUCUUGAUACAUACGUCAAUAGUCAACUUAGACAUUUAAAUUCCAGAUAUGAGGUUCAAGUUAAUUUGGCCAAAGAUGUAUUGAGAAAAGUUGAAACUAAUUGUGAACAGCAUGAACAAUACAUUAACAAUUUGGGCAAAACUCGGAAAUGGCUUGAAGACGCAAAAGAAAUCAUUAGUGAAACAAGUUCAUCAGCAUCCACAGCAAAUAAAGACGAACUGCGUAAACGUCUUGCUAAAAUUCAGGAGUUGGAUAACAGAAGAGAAGAAGGGCAGAACUUGGUUCAUGUCACUGUCAACUGUGGCGAGAAGGUGUUGAGAAUGACAAGAAGUGAUGGUAGAGAAGAGAUUACCAAUGCACUCAAAGAAAUACAAGCUGAAUGGGAACGUUUGAUUAAGAAGAUUUCAACAGCUAAAGUUAAGUUGGAAACGAAUCUUCUGCAAUGGGCUGAUUACAAUUCUUCUUAUACACACAUGAGACAGCUGAUUUCGGACAGCGGUGCUAAGCUGUUGGAAGUCAGCGAACCUAAAGUGACAAAAACAAAAGCCACUGGAGCAGGUUUGAGUCUAUUAAGCAUCGGAGAACGUAAAGCAGCACUACGCCAGACAAACAGCAUCGUUCAAGAUAUUGUAUCAUAUGAACCAAUGAUACAGUCUGUAACUUCUAAAGCCGAAGACCUCCAGCAAGCUGCUCCAGCUUCAGAAAUAACAAAUGAAUACGAAACCCUAAGAAAAACUGCUAAGGAACUUUAUGAAAAACAAAAAGAGACCAUUGAACGUCAAGAAGCUUUCAGAGAUGCCGCUCAUGAUUUUGAUGCAUGGGUUAGAUCGGCAAAGGAGCGUUUGAGCAAACAUGCAGAACCAACAGGUGAUAAAGAAUCACUCACAACGAAACUUACCCAUCUUAAGAUUUUACAAAAUGAAAAGCCCGAAGGAGAAGCUAAACUCCAAGUAGCUUUGCAGCUUGGAGAAGUUGCUUGUGCACUUGCUGAUCCUGUGGAUAAAGAAGUCAUAGAACAAGAAGUUGUUCUUCUCCAAGAUGAUUUUGAUAAUUAUGUUGAAAACCUGACCCAAACUAAAGAAUUAUUGGAGUCUGGAAUAAUCAGAUGGAAUGAAUACGAAGAACAAUACAAGGAAGCUGUUGAAUGGUUAAGUCAGACGGAACAAUCAGUCCAGACUUUCAAUAAACUUCAAAGUACUCUUGAACAAAAAAUGGCUACCCUCGAAGCUUUCCAAGGAAAAUUGCAAGCACUCUUCGAAUGGCAACAUCAGCUUGAUAAUCUAAAUCUUAAAGCUCAAUUGCUUCUUGAAACUUGUGCUGAUACAAGAGUAUCAAAUGCUAUGAUGCAGCUCACCACAAAAUAUAAUGCUCUAAUUUCUUUGGCUAAUUUAGUAAUGAAGAGGUUAGAAUUGCACUACCAAGAACACCAGCAGCAUAAUUCUUUGUAUCAAGAACGACAGCAAUGGAUUGAUAAAAUCAGAGACAAAGUUAAUGACUGCAGCAAAAUACCAAACACUAUUGAAGAAGUCAAUUCAAGGUUAGAAUGUGUCAAAGGUCUUCAGCAGGCUUUGGAGCAAGGACAAAACAGUCUCAGAUAUGUGCUCGAAUUGAAAGAAAAGGUCAUUCUCAACACAGAACAAAGUGGUAUUCCCAAAAUCCAAGAAGAUAGCGAAUCUUUGAAACAAGAGUUUGAACGACUCGUCGUCGAUGUCCAGAACCUAAGGCAAACUCUUACUGCGAGAGGUUCAGAGUUGGAAGAUAUUCACAAACUCAAUAACACACUCAAGGACUGGAUUGCUGAGAUGAAACUUAAGGCUAUCAGGGGAGACAGCAGCGAUAUUUCUGAUACAAAGGCAGAACUUGAAAAGUUCAAAGGCAUUGCAAGACAAAUCAAAUCACAAUCAGAACUAGUAAAUAAAAUAAAACAUCGCCUGCAAAAUGAAUCCAUUCCUUCCAAAGUUUACCAAUCGACUUUAGAUGAUUAUGGAGCACUUCAAAACUUAGUAUCAACCACUGUGAAAGAACUUGAAAAUGAAGUGAAAGAUUACGAUGAAUACCUAACAGCUCACAAUGAUGCAGUUGAAUGGGUAAGGAAGACAAGAAUCUCCAUCCAACAGUGUUCGGAUUCACACGGAGAGAAACAAGUUAUUAAAGAUCAGCAUGACAAACUUGCUGAAAUUGCUCUUACAUUCAACAAAGGAGAAAAUCUGGUUAUGAAUGCAGUCGAUAAGGGAGAAUCUAUAAUAGGCAAAGUUGGUCCUGACAGUAGAGAUCUGAUAAAGAACGAUUCUUCGCAACUCAAAUUAAGCCUUGAAUCGCUCAAGAACCUGCUUAGGGACAACCAGUUCAACAUAUCCAAAUGCCUAUCCAGCUGGGAAGAAUUCACAACGAUUAAAGACGUCGUCAAAACAUGGCUGGUUCAGUUCAGACCUAAGGUCGAAGCUGAAGAGCAACUUGCAAAGGACGACAAUCAAUCUAGAAACACAAGUGAUUUGGAAAGAGUCAGAGGACUUUUGGAAGAAUUGAACAACAAGAAACCAGCGAUCGAAGAACUCAGUGACAAAUGUGAAGUUCUUAUUGAACUAUGUGCCUGCAACUGGGUUAGAGAUGAGACUGUCAAAUGGCAGGGAGAAUAUGCCGAAUUGUUUACAACAGUGCAAGAACUUCUUUCAAGAGCAGAGAAGAACUUGUCAGACCAUACAGAAUUCUUGAAAGCUAAAGAUGAUUUAGAACAGUGGUUACAAAGAGCUCAUGGUACGGUCAAAGACUGCAUUGGUAAUGGUAAUCAAGCUUGGCUUAAAGAAAGCCUUCAUACUAUUAAUCUCGUCACAAAUAGGAUAACAGAAGGCCAACAUAAGAUGUCGGUGAUGGAAGACAUAUUCAAACGUGCACUAGAUUGUACUCCUUUAGAUAAGCAGGAGUCAUUAAGAGAAACAGUCGCAGAACUUCAUAAUUCAUGGGAACAACUGACGAUCGAUCUAAAAGCAGUUACUGCACAAUUAAAUGCCGCUUUAAGUCGAUGGGAUGACUUCUAUGAUGGUCUCAGUAGAAUGGACCAAUCUCUUACAGCGAAUGAAAACAAACUGCAGGAAAAAUUCAAUACAAAAGCUGAACUAGGAGAGAUGAAAACAAUCAUGGAAAGAUUGAAGCAUAUCAAUAGUGAUUUGAUGAGCUUGAAAAAUGAGUUGGACAGAUUGAAAGCUGAAUCGGUUGAACUAGGAGCAUGGUCGAACUCACCUGAUGCCACUGAUAAAGUGGAAGUACUUGUUGCGAAAUGGAAGAACAUCGACAGUUUAUGCUCAUCGAUCAGAGAAGGACUAGAAGCUGAGAUGAGAGACCAUACUGCAUACCAUCAAUCAUUACAAGAUAUUGAAAAAUGGCUCCUCAAGAUUUCAUUCCAAUUAAUGGCCCACAAUUCAUUGUGCAUUACCAAUAAAGACCAAACGCUUGAACAGAUCGACAUGCACAACGAACUGUUAGCAGAUAUUCUCGGAUAUCAACAAAAUCUUAAUGAUCUUAGGUCUAAAGGCUAUUGUCAAAUUGAAAGAUACAUCAAAACGACACCACAAAUUAAACCAACAAUCGAACAACAGCUGACAAAUGUACAAGAAAGCUACGAUUCACUGCUUCAGUCGGCGAACAGGAUUAAGUCAAGACUUGAAGAAUCGCUUGAGAAAUUUUUAGAAUAUGAAAGGACAUUAGAAAGCAUUAUGUUGAAACUUGACGAAAUAGAAGUUGAUCUUGGGACAGAAUUCUCACCAUCGUCUGAUUUCAAAGAAGCGAAGGAACAACUUGAUAAACACAAAGCAGUGCACAAUAAGCUUCAGGGUGAAAAAUCAAGGCUCAGUAUGGCAAUUGCUGCUUGUGAAGCAGCAGCAGCAUCUAUCUCGAGACCUUCCAGUCCUCUUGACCCAUCGACAGCUCCAAUUCCUGAUAAAGAACUGAAUGUCAGAAUAAGGCUGGAAGACUUAAUAGAUCUGAGUAAAGGUUCCAUUCAAGAUCCUGAGGUAGUUCGUACCCGUAAGAUACUUAGAGAGCUUAAAAAACCAGGACAUAUUAAAAAAAUCUAUAACCUGUCCAAAAAGGUUGAGGGUAGAUUGAGCAAUCUAAAUCAAGCUGUCCAAGACCUUGAAGAAAAGGACAAACAAUUAAUACAACUUGAAAACUGGAUUGGCCAACAGAGAGAUGUGGUCGCAGACUGGAAAAAUAAGCCUUGGAAACUAAGAGCUGAAGCAGCGAAAACAGAAUUAGCUGCAAUGGGCCUAGUUCAAAAUGGCAUUAAUGAUAAUAGGAAUCGUUUAUUGAUGGAGUUGCCACAAGGCGAUCGCAGUAAUGCCGUUGCUGCCCAAUUAGACUACCUUGAAGAAUUUCUUAAUAAUACACUUGCGGGUAAACAACAUGAUGAGAAUGAAGUUGAAUUAUACAGAUCUGCUCAUGCAGCAGCACAGCAAAAGAUUAGCGGUUUAGUCAAACAACUAGAAGGUGUCGAUAAAUCUCACGGAUUUGCUUUGCAACAAAGACUAAAUAACCUUGAUGGAAUAUCAAAGGAAUAUGAAAAAGAGAGAGAAAAUGUGCUCGGCCAUUUGAAACAACUUGCUGAGAACAUUAUGAACAUCAUAAGUAACCUUGAUGUCCCUCAAGUCGAAGAUCAGUUGAAGUCAAUUGAAAAACGCUUUAAUGAUCUUGGUAAAAGAAUCCAAAGAAAUAGAGAAGUACUCAAUACAGCGCAGGAUGAACUUAAAGGAAUCAAUGAUGAACUUCAACAAGCUAAGACUUGGGUCGACGAGAAAAAGAAUUUCAUUCGUAACCAGCCUCCUCUUGGAUUUGAACCAAAAUCAUCAGAAGACAGAGUUCAAUUACUUAAAAACCUUUUAAAAGAAGCAGAUGGCAAAAAGGCAAUGUGUGAUUCGUGUGAGAAGCGUUUGAAUAACAUCUCAAGCGAAUUACUACCAUUUGAAUUCACUGAAGUAUCUUGUAAAAUAGAUAAUCUUAGAUCUUCAAUUGGAGAUUUAACCAAUGAAAUUAAGGCUGCAUCAGAGAAGGCCAAGGAAGCAUCGGGUGCUCGUAAAGCUUUUGAGAAAAGGCAAGAACAAGUGAGAGAAAAAAUGAAAUCUCUUUCAAAUCAACUCUCGCCGAGAGACCGAUAUGAACCACUAUAUACAUCAUCUGUGGAAAGGCUUAUGAAUCAAAAUAACGAUUAUAUUAGAGAUGUUAAAAAAUUUGGAGAGGAAGAGCUUAAUCCAUUGCAAAAGCAGGCUAGUGCAUUGCUCAAAGAUUGUCAAGGGCCUGAAAGAGAAGCUCUACAAGCAAUUAUUAAUGAUAUGCAAGAAGAUCAUUUGAAAGUAAUAAAGAAAUCAGAAGACAGGGAUAAAUGGUUAAAAUCACUUUUGGAUAACAGGCAGGACUUUGAAGGAAAGAAUGACAAAAUUCAACAAUGGCUUGAUCAAGCCGAAGUCGCUCUUUCUGCUGAUAUAAGAGCACCAUCAUUAGCUGUCAUAGAAGAGCAAUUGAGCAAGUACUCAAAGUUGAAUGCUGAAUGUGAACAAGCCAAAAAUGAUAUAAAAGAUCAAGAGAAAACAGCCGCUAAUAUGGUUUUGAGCGAUGCAGACAGGUUGACUGUGAAUGACAACUUGAGAAGGUUGGAACAAAGGAGGCUGAAAAUUGCUUCGGACAUAGCGAAAAAAGUCCAAGCGCUUGGAGAAGCUUUGGGAAAAUUCAAAGAUAUCAAAGAAAAGGUUAAUAAAUCAAAUGUUCUCAUGGCAAACGUACAAGACCGCAUGAAAGAUCUUUCCAAGCCUGUUGGUAGCAAAGUUGAAGACGUGCAAGGUAUAAUCGAUGAAUAUCAGAAACUAGUCGAUGAACUCAAAGACUGGAAGGCCAAUCUUGGUGGAGAGGACAUCGAAGGUCUUGCUGCCGUUCAUCUAAACCUCCAAGAUUUAAUCAAAUUAUUGGAAGAUGAAAUAGCACGUUUGAGAGAUCUUCUUUUGCUCAGAGAACAAUUCAUCGCUCUAAUUACAGAAAUCACCCGUUUUAUUCCGACCUAUACUCCCAUCAUUACUGAAAUCGAAGCUUCAAAUCAACCGACAGCUGAUAAAAUAAAAAGAUAUGAUGAGGUCAUUUUAAAAAUUCAAUCUUGCGAGGCUCUUCUGGCAUCAGCUACUGACAAGGGUGAACAAAUAGCCAAACAGUGCUCAGCAGCAGAUAGAAAUAGCAUAACCGAGCAGUUGCAGUCAUUGAAGAAACAGCUCCAUGAACUUCGACGGGCUGUUGAAACUCAAAAACAGAAACUUCUAGAAGCUGCUCAGCAACAUCUCAAAGCUGCAAAUGACCUUGAUUUACUCAUCAACUGGCUUCAUUCAAACGAAAGUGAAGUGAAACAAAGACCGCUGCUUGACAUAACAGUGGACAGUGUCAACCGAGAACAAGAGAAUCAUAAGGUCCUAGCUGCGAAUGUUGAAAAAUAUCUUGGUGAUGUUCAAAAACUAGUGAAUGCUUAUAAGCAUGAAGAAGGAUUGCCAGACAUUUUACAAGAAAGAUUAAGUGAAGCAUCCUCUCUUCUCAAUAUAAUUCCGAAACAACUAAAAGAAAGGGAGAAAUAUUUAGAAGAAAACAAAAACUAUCGUCUGAAUUAUGAGGGAUUGCGUGAAAAAUUAUUCAAAUGGGCAGAAAAUUCAAAUAAACAACUACAAAGUUCAAACCAAGGUUUCAACAUAAAAGAGAUGCAAAAUUUACUAAACCAUCACAAUAAAUUCUUCAGCGAUGAAAAAAGUCUUCAUGACCUGGUGUCAAUAGACAUUCACAAGGCAGGGCAAAACAUAUUUCCUUCACUUAAUUCCGAUGAUCAAGAAUUAAUUAGUAAACAGCAACAAGAUUGUACACAGUUGCUCAGAAAUACUUUAAACACGGCCAAAUCAUAUCAGGCAAAGUUGACACAAGCGAUUGAACUUCACGAUCUGUAUAAAGACUCGCUUUCAAAUGCAAAGUCUGUUCUACAAAGGAUUAGGUUCACGGACGAACCAGCAUCGGCUUUGGGUGGGCUGAUGUUCAAUAUUGAAAAAAUCAAUCAAGCAUUAGCCGAAGCCAAGAAUCACCAACCUUACAUUGAUGUUCUAAACGAACGCCAACGAGAGUUAGAAACUUUCCUCGAUCCUAACAGUAAAGCUGCAGUGGGCUCAGAAGUUGCUAAUUUAAAUGAUGAAUGGAACCAACUACAGAAUGAUCUGGAAUCGAGAAAGGAGACACUGUCUCAACUGGCAAAACGUUGGGAGGAAUUCAACCAUGAGUUGCAUCAUUUUGAUACAGAAAUUACAGCAGUUGAAGAUAAAAAUAAUCAUACUGAUACCAAUGUAAGAUCAAAGGAACAACUUGAAGAUACACGAAAAAUACUUGAGGGGCUAUGUGAUACUUUAAAAUCUCUUGAGAGUAAAAAGAAUGACUUAGUCCAGUUAAGCAGCCCAGUUCUUUUGUUCUUGAAAGCGCUUUCCCCAGCAGCAUGUGAUGAUGUGGAAACAGCAAUUUCAUCUGCUCAAAAUCGCCACCAAAAACUGACAGAAUUAUUAAAAGAGAAAGUUGCUAAACUUGACAAAGAUUUCGCUUACUACAAUAACGUUAGCUCUGAAAUUGACAAACACAAGAAAUCUUUGGAGGAUCUGACAAAAGAAAUAAAUUCGUUGUAUGUUUUUGGUCCAGAUCAAGAUCUAGCUGAAAAUGAAGUUAUUGAUCUUGAAGGUAGAGUAAAAUCAUUGACUUCUAAAGUUCAAAAGUUUAUCCAACAAGUCCGUGAAAAAUAUUCUGAUCAUCAGCAAAGCGUUCUUUCGGAAUUACAGCAGAAGUUUAUCGAUUUGGAACUUUUGAUGGAAAACAUGUCAAGCGCAAUGGAGGAAAAAGCUAAAAAUCAGAAGAGGGCUAGGACUGUAAGAACAGAAUACGUAAGAUGUAGAGACAUGCUUACUUCUUGGCUACAACAAGCCGAGCUUAAAGUUCAAGACAAAACUAGCAAGCCACAAGCCAUUAAGGAAACACUUCAGCAAGUGCAAACAGAAUUACCAGCAAUGAGUGACAAGUUGGACCAAAUGACUCAAAAUGCCAAAACAAUCUGCAACAACUCAAAGGACGAAAAUGAAAUUUCUCUUAUAAAAGAAAAUGUAAAUGCAUUGACAGAGCAACUUGCUAUGAUUCGUGCCUGGAUUGAAGAAAAGAAACAACAGGUCGGAGACUGCCUGGAUUCCUGGGAACGUUUCUUGACUCUUUAUAACACCGUGAUGAACUGGUGUAGGGAAAAGAACGACUUUUUGAAACAACCGCUUUAUUUAGAAAACUUAGAUCAAGCCAAAGUUAAAUUACACGACUAUACAGGGGCUGUGAAAAACUGCAAAAACAUGGGCAAGACGCUUAGUGAGAUGUCAAAAGAGUUGGAUCAUAUUAGUGAAAAUGGAAGCAUAGGAAAUUUGUCAGAGAAAAUGGAAGAAGCCGAAAUGGCAAAGGCUGAAGUCGAGGCUCAACUAUUAGAAAGGCACGCACUUCUCCAUGAGACCAGCGAAGAAUGGGAACAAUGUGAGAAAAAACUAAGGGAAGUCCGUAGUUGGAUAUCAAAAACAAAAGCUGCUCUAGAAGCAGGAGCUGGGCAAAAGAAACCACUUAGGGAUCAGCUCGCCUCUAAAGAAAAAACCAUGUCUGAUGUUUCAAUCCAAAAAACAAAAAUAGCAGUUUCAAUUGAAAAGCUGCAGGUUCAUUUCAAGAGUGGCCUUAGUGGAGCGGAAUCAGUUCCUAAACAGGGAGAAGAACUUAAACGUGAACUUGAUUCUCUACAUGGGAUCGUCAAGCAGCAAAGUGUCGACCUUGAAGAGAGGAUAAAUCAAGUUGAACAAUAUCAACAGGAGCUUUUACAGUUGAAACAAGAAGUGGUUUCAUCUGAACAAAAACUGAGGAUGGUUUCAUCUCCCACGUAUUUGCCAAAUGAUAGAGAAAAAGCUAUCCAAGAGCAAAACGCAUGCAAGGAGAAGGUACGUGCACUGCAAAGCAAGAUCUCAGCAAGAUCAGAACGUGUAAAGCUUCUGCUGCAAAGAGGAACUCCUGACCUUGAUCCACUUUUAGACACUUAGUACUUUUUUCUUCUUUUUUUUAACGUUUUGCAAAUUGAAAAUUUUUUCUUUGUGUUUUUCCUUUAUUUUGUGUACAAAGAUAUUAUAAAUUAUGGGAAAUCGUUGGGUAAAUUAUUCGGUCCACCAGGCAUUGCUUAAGAGCUUAUUAAAUGUUGUGCCGCCCCUUAAGUGAUUUCUCUCCUCCAAUUAAUGAAACUUUUGCAUAAUUUUUUUAAAUAUAAUUUUUAUAACUGGGGCAAUGGGUUUAUUAUUAGGAUCUGCGGAAGAACACGCUCCAAAAGCAAGGCAAGAUAAGUGAGCUGCUCAAGUUGGUUUGCACCCAAGACCCUUCCUGGCCUAAAUUUAUUGAUUUUAAAAAUUUUAUACAACCCGAUACGAUUGGUUUAUUAGAUACAUU